UCGUUCAAAUUGCAAGAUGUCAAGUAAAAUUUUUCUUAUAUUUUUACUUGCAAGUUCAAAUAUUUGCUUUGCAUAUCGAAUUUUGUGUUUCUUUCCAACCCCAUCGAAAAGUCAUCAAAUUGUAUUUGGCGCAUAUGUAACUGCACUUGUUGAAGCAGGACAUGAAUUAACUGUAGCAACAACGGAUCCGAACGUUCUUGAACGCCAUCCGAACAUUACAACAAUCGAUUGGAGCUCCGUUCAAUUGUAUUGGAUUGAAAGAAUGAAUUUGGCAAAAAGUUCAACAACAGGCAUGUUCAGUCAAUUACAAGUUUAUCUCAAUACGAUUCAGAAUCUUUUGGAUUUGCAACUUUCUCAUCCGGAUGUGCAAGAAAUUAUUCAAAAUCGCCCAAAAUUCGAUCUUGUAGUUGUUGAGUCAACGUGUUUUGGAUUUUUUGAAUUUUCUGAAAUCCUAAAAGUACCUUUGUUGGUAAUUGCUUCGUCAGAUGCUGUCGAACACGAAAGUGUUGGAAAUUUUGUGCAUUCUAUUGCUGCUCCAAUGAGAUAUGCUGCUCCAACGAAUGGACAAAUGACGUUCCUUGAGAGAUUUAAAGCAAAAACAAUAGACUUAAUUCUCCUUCCUGUGAAAUAUAUUUUGGAAAAUGCAAUUAUGCCGAUCGUUAAAAAGCAUUUUGGACCAAAUGCGAGAUCUUUUGAUGAAAUUUUUGAGGAUAUUGAUAUGUUGUUUGUUAAUGCUCAUCCAGCUUUGGGAUAUAUUCGCCCGAUCGUACCAAAAACUAUCACUUUGGGAUUUUUGCAUAUCAAAGAACCAAAAAAGUUGCCUCUUGAUUUGGAAAAAUAUUUGAACGAAUCGAAGCAUGGAGUGAUAUAUUGUAGUUUUGGAACCAAUGUUUUGACGGAAAAGUUCGACAAUGAACGUUUAACAAUGAUUUUGCGUGCUUUUGGAAAGUUGAAGUACGAUGUUUUGUUCAAAUUUGGCAAUGACACGAUCGAAAAUAAGCCUGCGAAUGUAAAACUUGUGAAAUGGGCGCCUCAACAAGAUUUGUUAAUGCAUAAAAAUGUCAAAUUGUUUAUUACUCACGGCGGGCAACAUUCCCUCGAAGAAGCUAUUUACCGUGGAAAAGUUCCUCUUUUGGCAAUUCCCUUCUUUGGCGAUCAAUUUAUCAAUGCGAGACGCAUUGAGGCGAAAAUUCUCGGAAAAUCGUUAAACAUCGACACGUUUUCCGCAGACAAUUUCCUCUCAACGGUGCACGAAGUCAUCGACAAUCCAAAAUUCAAGGAAAACAUUUUGAAAUUAAGUGACAUUGUGAAAGAUGAACCAAUGACACCGACAAAAAAAGCUGUUUUUUGGACAGAGUACGUGAUUCGUCAUGAGGGAGCAAAACAUUUAACGUAUCAUGGAAGGAAAAUACCAUGGUAUCAAUUCUAUUAUCUUGAUAUCGUCACAGUUUAUCUCUUGAUAGCGACAUUACUCAUUGCGAUUGUGAGAGUCAUCGUUCAGCUGUGUUUGAAACUGAUUAAAGUUCUUUUCAUGCGACAAUUACAUCAAAAGCAAGAUUAGACAAAAAAAAACUUGAGCAACGAUUUUGUCAAAUCAUUUGGUCAAACAAAUCCACGUUAGACGAGAGAUAACAUUUUAUCAGCGUGGGAACUUUUUUCUUCUUCAGUAAAUAAAUAAAUUUGUUGACAAAAUAAUAACUUCCUGAUUUGGCGUUUCCAUGAACAUUUUCCAACACGUGUUGGAUUAAAUCAAAAAAAAAGUAUAAAAAAAAAU